AGAAGUAUCCGAACGCAGUACAAUGGUAAUUACGUGAGCCCACGCUUGUAUAGCGACGUUGCCCUAACGAUCUCUCUCUCCCUCCCUUUUAGUGAAAGACAGUGAACUGAAUAGAGGAGGCAUGAGGAGCUGCAGAGACGGCGUUGUACCUGGGGGCAGCAAUGGAGGGUUUGGCAGCACUCCAACGGUCGACAAAGGAGUCGAUUUCGCUAAUUAUUUCUGCACUUAUGCCUUUCUCUAUCAUCAAAAAGAGAUGCUCUCUGAUCGAAUCCGCAUGGACGCUUACUAUAACGCCAUAUUUGAGAAUACUCAUCACUUCCAAGGAAAGACCGUGUUGGAUGUAGGAACGGGAAGUGGUAUUCUUGCAAUUUGGUCGGCACAAGCAGGUGCGAAGAAGGUAUAUGCUGUGGAAGCUACGAAUAUGUCAGAACAUGCCCGCACACUUGUUAAAGCUAAUAAUCUUGAUCAUGUAGUUGAAGUGAUUGAGGGGUCUAUGGAGGAUGUUAGCCUGCCGGAGAAAGUUGAUGUAAUUAUAUCCGAGUGGAUGGGCUACUUUCUCCUUCGGGAGUCUAUGUUUGAUUCUGUGAUAUGUGCUCGUGAUCGCUGGCUGAAGCCCACUGGAGUCAUGUAUCCGAGUCAUGCUCGCAUGUGGAUGGCACCUAUUAGGUCAGAUUUGGGGCAUCAAAAAAUGAAUGAUUACGAAGGAUCCAUGGACGAUUGGUAUAGUUUUGUCCAAGACACCAAGUCUUCCUAUGGUGUUGACAUGAGUGUUUUAACAAAGCCUUUCUCUGAAGAGCAAGAGAAAUAUUAUUUACAGACAUCAUUGUGGAGUAACCUUCAUCCGCGUCAAGUCAUAGGGACAGCAGCUAUUGUGAAGGAGAUUGAUUGUUCUAUUGCCACUGUGAAUGAUGUCCUUGAAGUCAGAUCAAACCUUUUUUUAUCAAUCACUGGAGAGAGGACGAGGCUUUGUGGAUUUGGUGGAUGGUUUGAUGUCCAUUUUAGAGGAAGCAAGGUGGAUCCCGCUGAGAAAGAGAUCGAGUUGACAACUGCACCUUGUAUAUAUGAUGGCACACAUUGGGGCCAGCAGGUUUUCCUCCUCCAUCCUCCUAUUCAUGUUAGUGAAGGGGAUAAUCUGAAUGUUUCUUUCUCAAUGAACCGAUCUAAAGCAAAUCAUCGAUUGAUGGAGAUUGAGCUCGGUUGUGACAUUAGACAGUCUUCUGGCAAUAUUCUUCCGCCAUUCAAGAACAAGUUCUAUAUAGAGUAAGGAAAGAAACAGUUCACAUACUCUGGGAACUUUAACAUUAGCUAAGAUGUUGCACAAUUCCCGCAUCUAUUUGCUACAGUAAACCUUGUCUGAGAGCUUUGUGACGGUACUUAAUUUUUGUGAAGUGAUAAAAGUCUCAGUAUGGAAAUGGGAAGUGCCAAGUUUCUGUGAGCUCUUAGAUGAACUAGACUGGCUAACUAGAAAGAUCCUCUGGUUUCUGUCUGAAUAUUUCAGCUUUGAGUUUACUUGAUCACAAAAUUUGUUUCAUGUACUGAAGUAACGGUUGCUCUGAAUAAUCUCAAAUGGACUAGAAACUGAGAUUAUUUAGAAGAAACGACAUGACCAAAUGGUUAUAUUCUUUUUUAUGUGUUUAUGUGCACCUUCAGAUAUAUAAUAUUUCGAUGUGUUUGGAGAA